GAGCUUCAGAACCGGUGUCCUUGGAACCGCCUUUUGACCCUUGAUUACCCCAUAUGCCCUUUCGCUAAACAUAUCCAAUAUGGCGCCGAAGAAGGGAGAUUUAAACGACGACGAGAAAGAUUUGAUCGCGCAGGUGAACGCAGGAGACAUCAGUCAAGUGAAGACUUUGCUGAGCAAGAACAAUGUGAGAGUGGACUGUCUAGAUGAGAAUGGAAUGACUCCACUGCAACAUGCAGCCUACAAGGCACAGACAGAGAUCUGUCAGUUCCUGCUGAAAAAUGGAGCGGAUGUCAACUCCAACCAGCACGAGCAUGGCUACACAGCACUCAUGUUUGCUGCUCUGUCAGGUAACCUUGAGGUGACCAGGUUGAUGUUGGAGGCUGGAGCGCGGACGAGCGCCGUCAACACCGUGGGAAGGACAGCAUCACAGAUGGCAGCAUUCGUAGGACAACAUGCAGUUGUCAGUCUUAUCAACAACUUCUUCUCCAGGGACGACUUGGACUACUACACCAAGCCACAGGGUGUAGAAAAGGAGCCCAAGUUACCACCCAACCUGGCUGACUGUGUGCACAAACUCAUCCUCAUGUCCAACCUCAACCCUGUGAAGAUCAUCCUCCAUGUCCAAGAGAACCCGGAGUCCCAGGAUGAGCUAGUGACCAUCGCCCGGCUACUGGACACCUUGUGUACCAAGUUCAUGAAGCAGUCGGAGACCAAUGAGGUCAUGGCCAUGAAGGUGCACUACCAGGGCUGUGUACUGCGCGAGGCAAACAAGUGGCUGGUGGAGAAGAAUGACACCCUGCAAAACCUGAUGAAAUAUUUCUUGAAAGGCAGGGAGAAAGACGGCUUCCCGGUUGCCCAAGAAAAGUUCCUGCGCUUGUCGAUACGCAGUUUCCCAUACCACGAGAGUGAACUGCUACAACAGAUAGUACACAACGUGGCUCCAGUCACAGUGGGUGAUGACCCCACGGCCCUGUCCAUCCUGGUGUCUGCCAUUAACGGCCACCAGAGUGCAGCUGCAGAGAACCAGUGCUACACAUGCGGGGACCUGCAGGCUGAGAAAAAAUGUUCUGCUUGCAAAAAGGUGAAGUACUGUGGCCAGGCAUGUCAGAAGCUCCACUGGUUCACUCAUAAGAAAAUCUGUACAACACUGAAGGCUGAGUUCCUCAAGGAACAGGAACUGGCCGAGAAAAUGAAACAGCAAACUCUAGAAGAGCAGGAAGUGAAUGGGAGAGGAGACACUGAACACCAAACUAGCACAAUUGGGGAUGGAGACUCUGGGACAGAGAUCAGUAACGGUGCUGCCCACUCUGGGAAUGAGCCCCAAGAUGAAGAAGACAUCAACAUAGAAAUUGUGGAAGCAGAUGGAGAACUGGAAGUCACAGAAACAUAAAACCUGCUUGAUACAUGUACAAAUUGUAUAUGGCAAUGAUUGAUAUAUGAUAAAAUAUGAUAAAAAGUAUUAAGAAUUCGAAUGGCAAUUCUGGAAACAAAAUAUGGGUUUGUUCAGAUUCCGAAUCAGAUGGAAAUCAGGUGUGAAAAUUACAUCUUUUGCUCUGUUUCUUCUUCUCCAAACACAAAAGGUCAAAGACCUGGACCAGAACAGUUGUCACCAUGGUAGCCGGUGCUGUAGCAGACACUCUGUAGUGAUGGAUGACAUUAUGUAGCAAUUGCAGUCCCUACAGAGAUGUAGGGGCUGGUCACCCUAGUAUAUUAUGUAUGUGUUUGAGUAAGAAUAAACAGAGCAAUAGUUUGUUAGGCUAGACCAUGUGAUUGUGAAGGUAAACCUUUUUUUAUGCAUUUGCUUUGCAAAUGUUAUCUUUCUAGUUUAUUAUAAAUUGGUGGUCAUGGUAAUAAUUUCCAGACUUGUAGAGAAACUAUUCACAUUAUGGAAAAAUUCUAAACUCUUUUAUGAAUUCUGGAUCACUAGUCUUCAUCUUUGACAUUACCCACAGUGCAUCAUAUUGCGAAUGCGCAGUUCAA